CAUCCUCAUUUAGUUUUCAGCACCGACACUACAAAGCAGAACAAAGCCAAGCUGCAAAGCAAAAGAGGAAAGAGCGUAUUUAGAUUCUCGUAGCUUUAUCUUUACAAACACAAAGUCUCUUCUUUCUGCAACUAUUCCCAAACCCAUUCCCAAAUUCUUCUCAAGGAAAUCCAUAAGAGGCAUUGCCGGAGAGAUGGGAGAUUAUAACAGAGUAUGUGGGUUCAUUGUGGUUCUGCUUUUACUCACCUGCAUAGCCGGAGAAGACCCUUACAGGUUUUACACUUGGAAUGUCACGUAUGGUGACAUCUAUCCACUGGGAGUCAAGCAACAGGGGAUACUGAUAAACGGCCAAUUUCCGGGACCCCAAAUUGAGUCUGUCACUAACGACAACCUCAUUGUAAAUGUUUUCAAUAGCUUGGAUGAACCAUUUCUCAUUUCAUGGAAUGGGGUGCAGCAGAGGAGGAAUUCAUGGCAGGAUGGGGUUUAUGGUACCAACUGCCCCAUCCCUCCAGGAGGGAAUUUCACCUACAUUAUUCAGGUGAAGGAUCAGAUAGGUAGCUAUUUCUACUUCCCUUCCCUGGCCUUCCACAAGGCUGCCGGAGGUUAUGGUGGCUUCAGAAUCCUCAGCCGCUCGGUUAUUCCCGUUCCUUUCUCUCCUCCUGCUGCCGAUUUUACCAUCUUGGCCGGUGACUGGUACACUAAAAAUCACACCGACUUGAGAGCAAUUUUAGACGGCGGAAGUGACCUUCCUUUCCCUGAUGGUCUCCUUAUCAAUGGUCGUGGUGCAAAUGGGUACACAUUUACAGUUGAUCAAGGAAAGACAUACAGAUUCCGGAUAUCGAAUGUGGGGCUUAAAACUUCCAUUAAUUUCAGAAUCCAGGGGCACAAGCUGCAGCUGGUGGAGGUGGAAGGAACUCACACACUGCAGAACACUUAUGAUUCCCUUGACAUACACUUGGGCCAGUCAUACUCCGUGUUGGUUACGGCAGAUCAGCCAGCACAAGAUUACUACAUUGUUGCCUCCACACGAUUCACUUCCAAAGUGCUCACAACAACAGCUAUUUUCCAUUAUAGUUACUCUGCAGGAAGUGUUUCGGGUCCUCCCCCUGGUGGACCAACUACUCAGGUCGAUUGGUCUCUUGAACAAGCCCGAUCUAUCAGGCGGAAUCUUUCAGCUAGUGGACCAAGACCUAAUCCUCAAGGCUCAUACCAUUAUGGAAUGAUCAACACAACCCGUACUAUUAGACUUGCAAACUCUGGUCCUAUUAUCAAUGGCAAGCAGAGGUAUGCUGUCAAUAGUGUGUCCUUCACUCCAGCUGACACUCCACUUAAACUUGCUGACUACUUCAAGAUCUCUGGAGUGUUCUCCCCAGGAAGCAUCCCAGAUAGCCCCACUGGAGGUGGAGGUUACCUCCAAACUUCUGUCAUGGCUGCUGAUUUUAGGGGUUAUGCUGAGAUUGUUUUUGAGAAUCAAGAAGACAUCUUGCAGUCCUGGCACAUCGAUGGUCACAAUUUCUUCAUUGUUGGGAUGGAUGGAGGGCAGUGGACACCCGCAAGCAGAUUAAGUUACAACUUAAGAGACACAAUUUCUCGGUGCACAGUGCAGGUGUAUCCCAGGUCAUGGAGUGCAGUGUACAUGCCUUUGGACAAUGUGGGGAUGUGGAACGUAAGGUCUGAGGACUGGGCUCGCCAGUAUUUAGGGCAGCAAUUCUACCUGCGUGUAUUCUCCCCAGCAAAUUCUUGGAGGGAUGAAUAUCCAAUCCCUAGCAAUGCUAUUCUGUGCGGUAGAGCAGUUGGGCAUAGGACUCAAGCUUAACGCGUUUGGGGUGGCCCGCGUCACUCGAGUCUAUUAUUAUGGGUUAAAGCAGAGAGAAUUCAAAAAAAGACAUUUAUUUUGAUUGUGUAGACAGCUACAUGUGUUGACUUCUAUAUAGCCUCAGCCCCUAAUGGUAGACUAUAUGAGGAAAUAAAUCAAUUACAUUGAAAUACCUUAACUCCACCACGCGGGUCACGCGCCUCUUUAAUUCAAUUAUUCAAUUAUUCAAUUGAAAUGUUCAUCAGAUUUAAAGAUCGAAUUCUUAGUUGUUAAUAUUUAAUAAAAUUAAUUUACCCUUAUCAAAAAAAAAAUUACAUUGAAAUACCUAAUUGAUUAUAAUCUUCCUCAUUAAUUCACGAUUCAAAUAUAUUAUUUGAUUAUGUAUGUAGAGUCAAUGUAUCAUAAUGCAAUUAAUUCUCAAAUGUUUU